GUCGGUGGAAUCAGUUGUCGCAUGGGACUAAGGCCCUUAUUCAACGCUGUGAUGUAGCGCGGUUUCGGCAGCCUUUUGAGAGGGCGAUGCUUGAAUCACAGCGAGCAUUUUUCAUUAUUCAAGAUUUGAACCAGCGACGACCAUGCUUUCUCGCAGACUCUCCUUGGCGGGAGUUCCUACAGCAAACAAAAGAAACGGCAUCGGGAUCUUCAAGUCGAGCUUUUGCUCUGCGAUCCAAGCUGUGCGACUGGUUGGUGGAUAUUCCUGUGCUUCUUCGGGAAAUGUCAGGGGUCCUGCAAAGUGGAGACCAUGAGAUGCAACUAGCGAGCCUUGUGCAACGAUCUACUGUCAUACAUGAUCAGAUAGAGGGCUGGUAUCUAAAGGAGGUGGUACCAAUUACUGUAUUUGGUCAUCGGCAAGGAGACUUCAAUGCACCGUUUUACACCCCUGUCGGGUACUCCCAGCUGCUUCUGGCCGUACUGGACUGUGUGGUCAACUCUACGCUCAGUGUACUGGAAGAUGCAAUUUCUACCUGUACGCCUCCGCCAUUACAGCUAGGAUGCAAUCGCUCGAAGGUUUAUUAUGCAAGUAUGAUAGCAGGGCGACAGCAGACCGCGAUGAACGCUCUAGAAUACGUCCGGGGAUACUCCGCGGUGGCUGCCAAACCUCUAGAGUUCGGACUAAAACAGCUACGGUCGCUGAAAACAGACCAGUGAUCGCUUAUUGAGUUGAAAGGCCAAAGAGAAAUGCUAUACUAAUAUUC